AUGGCUUUAAUAUUUCGCAAUAUCUCCUCUUUCACAAAAUCUUCAGUCUCUAAAAGACUUUUUUCAUCUUCUGCUCAUAGGAACUCCGAUUAUUCUCAUAUUGUAAUUGGAGGCGGUGUUGUUGGAACUGCCAUUGCAGCAAAAUUAGCGGAAGAUACUUAUAAAAAGACUGGUUCACCAGCUUCUAUAUUGUUAGCUGAACGCCACUAUAGACUUUGCACAGAAACAAGCGCUAGAAAUUCAGGUGUGAUUCAUGCUGGGUUAUAUUUUGCUCCGGAUGCUUUGCGCACAAAGCUUUGUAUAAAAGGAAAAAAUAUGAUUUAUGACGCUGCAAGCAAAGGUAUACCAAUUGAGCUUCAAAGAUGUGGAAAAUGGAUUGUGGCCCAAGAUGAAAAGCAAGCACAAUACUUAGAUGGUCUUUUGAAAAAGGGAACUUCUUUAGGAAUCCCUCUUGAAUUUGUAUCUCUUGACAAGGCAAAAGAAUUGGAGCCGGCGGUUAAAGCAAAUACCGCGAUUUUGAAUUCGCCAUCUACCGGUAUUGUUGACGCUCAUUCUAUUGUCUCGUAUUCUGAAGCAGAGUUUGAGAAAUACGGUGGUGAUAUUUCUUUAUUAACCAGAGUCACCGCCAUUGAAAAAACACCGCAAAAUACUUAUAAAGUCACUUUGAAGAGUCGUUUGUCUGAAGAAGAUACAGAAGAAGAAGAAAUUGUUCUUGAAGCUGACGCUGUAGUUAACGCGGCGGGCCAUGGAGCUCCUGCAGUGUCUAAUAUGCUCUUACCUGAAACUCGUCACUUCACAGCUUAUUAUGCUAAGGGAAGUUACUUUUUAUACCAGUCAUCUCAUCCCAAGGUUAAUCGUUUGAUAUAUCCUUGUCCAUCAGACUAUGGAUCGCUUGGCACCCAUCUCACAAUUGAUUUAGGAGGCCAAAUUAAGUUCGGACCAGAUUUUGAAUGGGUUGAUAGUCCAAAUGAUUUAACGCCUAACCCUGCUAAUCUUCCCCAAGCUAUAGAAGCCAUCACCCAAUAUAUGAUUGGUUUGGAUACUUCAUUACUUGUUCCUGAUUAUGCUGGUAUUCGUCCAAAGAUAAUCAACACAAAAGAUUUUCAAGAUUUUAUAAUCAGGGAAGAAGAAGGGUUCCCAGGCUUUGUCAAUCUUCUCAAUAUUGAAAGUCCAGGCUUAACAUCAUCUUUGGCUAUUGCUGAAUAUGUCAGUAAUAUCUAUAACGGUGUUCCAAACAUUUAA